AUGCCGAGCCCGAAGGCGACCGUCGAAGCUGUCUUCGACGACCUCGCGCUCUCGAACCCGUCGUUCCCGCUCGAGUCGGACGCGGUCUCGGUGCUCACGUCGCCCGAUGCGUUCUACCAGCAGCUGCUCACCAACAUCCGCGCAGCGCGGCGCCGCAUCAGCCUCUCGUCGCUCUACAUUGGCACGGACGAGCUCAGCCGCGCGCUCGUCGCAACGCUGCAAGAAGCCGUGGCUGCCAACCCAAGCCUUGAAGUGUCCAUCGUGCUCGACUACUCGC